GCGCGUAAAUAUUUGACAGAGAUUUAAUACGAGCCCAACGCUCAAUCUGCUCGCUUGCCAGUCCGUCCAUCUUGUGUCAGUCAGUGUAUAUAUGUAUGUCGUUCAUGUUAGUGGGAGAUUAGCGCGUUCGCAAUAAUUUUAUUAUUUUGUUAUUGCUCGUUUGUUUCAUGCGUGAAUUUGUUGAAGAAGAAAAAAAAAAAAACGAAAAAUAAAUAAUUUGUGAAAGUAAAACGCUCGCGUUUAAACAAUCGAACGCGCCAAUUAGUGUCGUUAAUCGAUUCAUUUCGUCUGGUGCAUUGGCUUUUCAUACAAAGUUGUGUUUAGCAAGACAACUAUGUGCAAUUAAACAACUCAAACAUCCAAACAUAUAUAAAUAAAUAAAAAUAUCUGAACCAGUGCUGCAUUGAAGAUCAAGAACGCUGAGUGCAAGCUAGCGAAAUUAACUGGAAAAUUGUCAGUAACUUUCAACAACAAAAUGCAUUUCUCCCUGCAGUGAUAUAUUUUUAUAAAAAAAAAAAAGAAUUGAUCCGCUCGAAGACAUAAAGCAUACAAAUUAUAGAAAAAUCCGAGCACGUCACAUCUAAACUUGCUGCUGCCAGCGAUUGGCUGCUCUGCACAUUACUGCCAUAAAAUCGUAGUUAUUAGUGUGUGAAAUUCAAGUAGCAGCUAUAGGUUACCCCAAACAGAAGAGACGAGACAGUUACAUUUACAGCGUGGAGGGAGCAAAGAGCAGCAGCAGCAGAAACAUUUGAGAGGCAUUUGGGAGCCAGACUGGAAUAUUUUAUGCAUGCGGAGUGGUUAGUGUAAGUGUGUCUCUACGUACGGUAUUUCAUAAUAUAUCGUCUAGCUCAAAAAUUACGUGAGCAUAGUUUACACAUACAUAUAUAUAUAUAUAUAUAUAUAUACGAGUAUAUAUACACAACACACAGACUCAACUUGGUUGUAUCCAUUGACCGUGAAGGCUAGAAGGCGGAGUGACACUUUAAUUUACUUUUUCGUUUGAUUGCUACGAUAUGGCCUGCGCAAAUUGUGAGCUGGCCGCAAUUAUGAAAUGGCGACUAGCGGUGAUAUAUCGAUGAUCUCACCACCAUCGUCUUCCAUUUCGAACGGCCAGGAUCCAUUCGGACAAUUGCCGCCGCUACCACCGCCACUGCGUUCAACACAAGUGCUUCAACCGCUAACGGUGUUUCCAGUGUCAAAUUUGAGCGAAGACUCUUACGAUUAUGUUUUUGGUGGUCGACGUAAGACCCCGCCUGCUACAAGAACAACAACUGCACUCAAGCUGACCUCGCCUCCAGUACGCCUGCGACCAGAAGACGCUCACUACCGUGGUGGCAAUGUAAAUAAUGGUGGCCGUUUUUAUCGUCAUUCCUUUAGUUACGCGCCAAAACGCACACGACACGGCAACAACAGCGAACGCAAUGAAAAUCGUGAAUCACGACUGAGAUGUCAUGGCGAAGAUGAAGCAACACUGCGCCAAUUGCUUCUCGAUUUGCAAAAGCAAGUUAGCGUGAUGAGCAUGAAUUUAUCAGCCAAACUGGAUGAGCUUCAAAGAGGCGAUCGACACUUGGAGACGACAGUCGCCUUGUGUGAAAUUCGUACACAGCUGCAGGAGCUGACCAAAUCUGUGGAGAGCUGUCAAAGUGAGGUGUCUGAGGUAAAACGUGACAUGGUUGCGAUUAAACAUGAACUGGACACCGUACAACAAGUGAAAGAGGAAAUCGAAGAGCUGCGCGAAUACGUCGACAGACUGGAGGAGCACACACACAGACGGAAGCUAAGACUUUUAGAACAAGUUUGUAGCUUAAAUUAUUUGCCAUGUUGUGGUCUUACCUUCUUCCUAACAUACUCGAUAUUCUCAGCGGUGCUGGGUAUGUUACAAUUCGGUUAUAACACCGGUGUGAUAAAUGCGCCCGAAAAGAAUAUUGAGAAUUUCAUGAAGGAUGUAUACAAGGAUCGCUAUGGUGAGGAUAUUAGUGAGGAGUUCAUACAACAACUGUACUCGGUGGCGGUGUCGAUAUUCGCCAUUGGCGGUAUGUUGGGCGGUUUCAGUGGCGGUUGGAUGGCCAAUCGUUUUGGCAGAAAAGGCGGUUUAUUAUUAAAUAAUGUGCUUGGUAUAUCGGGUGCUUGUCUAAUGGGUUUUACCAAAGUUAGUCAUUCCUAUGAAAUGUUAUUCCUUGGCCGAUUUAUUAUUGGUGUUAAUUGCGGUCUUAAUACAUCAUUGGUGCCAAUGUACAUCUCCGAAAUAGCGCCACUGAACUUACGCGGUGGAUUAGGUACUGUAAAUCAAUUGGCUGUGACAAUAGGUUUACUACUAUCCCAAGUGUUGGGAAUCGAACAAAUUUUAGGAACUAAUGAUGGUUGGCCAGUUUUACUUGGUCUAGCCAUAUGUCCAGCAAUAUUGCAAUUAAUGUUACUGCCGGUAUGCCCGGAAUCGCCCAGAUAUUUGUUAAUAACGAAACAAUGGGAAGAGGAAGCCCGAAGCGCAUUGCGACGACUACGUGCCUCAAGUUCGGUAGAGGAAGACAUCGAAGAGAUGCGCGCCGAAGAACGUGCACAACAAUCGGAAAGUCACAUCUCCACAAUGGAGUUAAUUUGCUCGCCAACACUGCGGCCGCCAUUGAUCAUUGGCAUUGUUAUGCAAUUGAGUCAACAGUUUAGCGGUAUUAAUGCAGUACUCUACUAUUCGACAUCGUUAUUCAUGAGUUCCGGCCUGACGGAGGAGAGCGCCAAAUUCUCAACGAUAGGCAUUGGUGCCAUAAUGGUACUAAUGACACUCGUCUCAAUACCUUUGAUGGAUCGUACUGGACGUCGAACACUACAUCUAUACGGUUUAGGUGGCAUGUUCAUAUUCUCGAUAUUCAUAACGAUUUCAUUUUUGAUUAAGGAAAUGAUCGAUUGGAUGUCAUAUCUCUCCGUGGUGUCAACGCUCGGCUUUGUAGUCUUCUUUGCCGUCGGACCCGGCUCCAUACCAUGGAUGAUAACGGCGGAAUUAUUCUCACAAGGCCCUAGACCCAGCGCGAUGGCUAUAGCUGUACUAGUCAAUUGGAUGGCGAACUUUGUGGUUGGCAUUGGUUUCCCCAGUAUGAAGGCCGAAUUGGAGAAUUAUACAUUCUUGCCAUUUAGCGUUUUCUUAGCUAUAUUUUGGAUAUUCACCUAUAAGAAGGUUCCUGAGACUAAGAAUAAGACCUUCGAAGAGAUAUGCGCGUUAUUCCGUCACGGCAAUGGAAGGAGUAUGCUAAACUGCACAAAUAGCUUGGAGCCACAAAGUAUGAAUUCUGGCAUCGAACAUGCCGCAUUGAUGGUAUCUGAGGAAAAGACCCAACAUGACUCACUGUUUGGCACCACCUCGUUUUCAUUAACGGUUGAAGGUAUGGGUCCAUAUCCGCUAAGCGAUAGCACAAAUCUCCUAGGUCCGACAACGAGUCUGGCCGGCAGUUCAACGUGUUACACCAACUAUGGCACUAACAUACACACACCAGUGCCGGUGCGUAAAUGUCACUACGAUUAUACGUACGAUCGUGAUAAUUUUCGGCGACAUUCAGCGCAUGGCAGGAUGUCAGGUAGAGUUCACAUGCAGUUGCAGUCAAUUGUCAAGUGCACUACAAAUACAAAAAAAUAUAAAAAAAAAAUAGCCAUUAUACAGAAGAAGAUGAUGAUGAGCGUUGAAUAUAAUAUGCUUACCGAAAGUAGUUCAAAGAUUGACGAAAAAUUAAUAAACGAGUCUAGAGAAUAUCACAAGCAUUUCGCUCUGCCUUCCAGGAACGCCUCACCUCCUGAAACUGCCAGUGUACAUUCAACGAAUGCUGAACAACACCAACAAAAAUACCAACAUCAACACCAAAACCAACAGCAAGCGAAAAAUACACGCCAACACCAACACCAACAACAGCAGCAUCAGCAGCAGCAGACACAGCAACAUCAUCACGUACAUUGUAGCUAUGAUAAGGAUAUUGUAUGUGACGACACGCAAGCGCACCUGCAACAAUUGCAACAGCAACAACAACAUCAGCUUCAACAAGAACCGCAACACAGCGAUCAGCCAGCAUAUAUGCACUGUCACAGCCAUAUUGCUUAUGCGGAACCGCUUCAGCAGUCCUCCUCCACACCAACGCCACAUCGCCACCAGCAGCAACAACGCAAGCACAGCCACAGCCCACACCAUAGCCGCCACACAUCGCCGCACAGCCAUCACUCGCACAGCCAGCACUCAUCACCGCAUCAAUCGCAUCAUCAUAUGCACGAAGCCGACUCACUUACGCGUUCAUCCCUUACGCAUCCACCACGUCCCGCACCAAAUGCACAAUCGACCUCCUCGCAUCAUCAUCAACAUCAUCAGCAUAAUCAUCGGCGUAGACGUUCGCGUCAUGGUCAUCAGCAGCAGAAUGGAAAUGGAAAUGGAAACACCGGAGGUGGAGGCGGCGGCGGCGGCAGCGGUAAUUCGAGCCUACGUGGCGCACACGGACACAGUCAACAUAGCGAGCCACGUUCCUCAAACCGACAUCACAGCCACGCGCAUGGUGGCAGCUGUACGCGACGACAUCGUUCAGCUACUGAUAUUUCUAGUACAUCCCUCAACACUUGCCACGACCCCACCUGCGUGGAUCGUGAAGUUCAAGAGAUAUUGGUGCGCAAGACGUGUUGCAACUCUUCGCGCACAGAGCUUGCGCAGUACUUUGCAGAAGAUCUCUACGGCUCGACACGUCGCCCGUCAUCGUGCUGCACCUCCUCGGACUACUGCUAUCAAACGGACUCGACUAGCUUGUAUGGCUCGCGUUCAUCACUGAGUCGUAACAAUUCCAUUAAGUCUGCAUCGGUUGCAUUACGCAAACGACGUUUGCAUCAACGACAGCCGAGCUACACUUCAAUCUCAUUACGUGGCUUGAACGCCGGUCGUCCAAGCAGUCAACCCGGUUCUUUAACUUCCGUUUUCGAUCGUGCCAAACAGAUGGGUAUCGAUGCCGCCGAUUUGGAGAAACGCGGUAGUGGUGGCAAGAUUGUAGUUUCGCCCUCAAAGGUCACUAUCGAACGACAAACUUCAAAGGACGCCUUGAGCAACGAUCUGCCCGAGUAUGCAUGCUCACCAUCUCCAAUACGUUGGAGUUUCCUGGCCGAUGGCAAGUCACCUACUGAAUUCGAACGUGCUGUGGGUGAAGUAGAUGCUAAAGAUCCUUGGACUUCCGCAGAAGAGCACACACCACGCACCCCACGUGAACCGAAGUCAACCAAAUGUGAACAUCGCAGUGAGCAUCGCGGUGAGCACCGCAGCGAACAUCGCUCAUACACAAUGCAACACACAAGCAGCAGCAGCCGCAAGUACGCGCACGAUGAACGCCCAAGCACAUCAGCUGCAGCGGCGGCACGCAAGCGACGCGAGAGCCCAUUACAAUGUGAUUUUGAGGAGACCUCAACAACUGUGCUUUUCCAUCAGGAGGCAGACUCCUAUAAUAACUGCUGCAAUAACUAUAUACAAUGUAACACCUACCUCGAUCAGGAUCUGCAGAUUACCAGUGAAGACAUACAUCAAUAUCUCUCGAAAGGCAAUCAGCAAUCCAAUGAUGUGUUGAACAACUCAAAGAACUAUCCAUUCCAACCGAGUAACGCUUUAGAAUUUCAAUAUAAAAACAAUUUCGCCAACAAUAACACGGGCGCAGCUUCCUCUGAAGGUGGCGACAGUGUACGCGGCUACGAGCUCUGUUUUCGCCGCAACUCCAGCAAGGAGACCAACUUAAAUCAGAACUCUGCCGGCAACGGCACUGGUUUGCUUGGUGGCGACAGCGAAUGCGGUACUGCCACUGCAUGUACAGCCGGUUCGUGCAGCAGCACGCCGCUCUCGCCCACUAACAUCAAUCUCUCGUCUAGCACAAAUAAUAUUAACAUCGUCUUCGGCAAUUACACUGAACGCAAUGCCAACGAAGUGAAGUUUAUCAACACCACACGCAGCGGCGAUACAGUGGCUGUCUCAACUGAGGCACACCACAGCGGCUACCUGCCCUACACCUACCCAAGCUAUGAUUAUACUAAUAUGUCAGCAAACUCCCAAUUCGAUAAGCCGCUGGGCAUUGGCGAACUGCCCAAAGACUUUGCUAGCACUGCUGGCAGUGUUAUAGCUUCAGGCGAUGAAGCUGGUGCGGUUGGAGUUUGCUCAAGCACCACUUGCGGCUCGCCCACGAUCACUGCCACCAGUGACGGACAACACUCCUCCCUGCUGCAGUCGCCUGUACCAACGGGUGUCUCCUUUGAGUCAUUCGAUGCUGCCUCGGAUCACAAUUUAAUUUCGUGCCGUGGCAGUUGUCAAUUCUCACCAACACCACGUUCACCAUUAUCACCCGCAUCGCCGGCAUCAUCAUCACCAUGUCUGUCGGCUUCCAUAAAUCCAGCGGCUGCUUCUUAUGUGAAUACACAUCAUCCAUAUUUUCAAUACCAAACACAAGGACGGGAGCAAACGCAUUCAUCCAGCAAUGCACAACUUUCGUAUCAUCAUUACAAUCACUCGCAAUAUCAUCAACAUCAUCAGCAUUUCACUGAAAGCUUCAAGAUCAGUAACGCUUUCAAAAAGGUGCGCAAGCGUGCACGCAAAUAUACCGAUUUCCUACGCAAAAAGUGAAUUAGACGAUCGAACGAUUCGAUGAUCGGUGAGUGCAGUGAUCGUAGUAUUUCGAUCGCUGUGUGAAUGAAGUAAUCGAUCGGAUCGUUUGAACGACACAUCGCUGGCGUGAAGUGAAAGUAAACGGUAAACGCAAUUUUGUAUGUGUGUUCGUCUCUAUUUUGUGCAGAUUCGCCGUACUUUGGAAAAAGAUUCGUGGUCGUGGCGCUCAACCGACGCGCCUUUAGUCUGGAUGCAGGCGACGACUGAAGCAACGGCAACAAGGCGAACGGUGUUCGUAGGCGAACUUUUCAUCAGCCUUCGUACGAUAUGCUUGUAUUUAUCGUCUUCGAGCAGAAUACGCUUUAUACAAUUUACGGCGUGAUCAUAUUCUAAUUAGAUCAUCAAUCAUCAAUUCGACGUUGAAGCGAGUGAUUAGCGGUUUAUGGUGAGGCGAGCAGCAUUAAAGGUCGUUAUGAAACAAAAAAAAAUAUUGUGUGUUGAAAAAAGACGAAUUCAAUCUUGAAAAGCAAUAAAGCACAGUAAGUUAGAGUUAUUGUACGUUCUGAGAUUAGUCGAAUUCAGUACUAAGAAAAGGACACGUUAUUAAGGUCAAAAGUUCAUUUACCAAGUAAGAUUAAUCACAGUGUGCGAAAAUCUUCUUAACUUGUUUGCGUCAUGUAGAAAACGAGAUGUCGAUCAAAAAAAUAUUGCUCUUAUUCAAAGAAAGUGGCUGCAUUGGGGAUAUUUGAAGUACCCUGAGGGCCAAUCAAAACAAUAAUUAAACCUAAUUUAAGUAAAUUUAAUUUUUUUUUUUAAU